AUGGCUCGUAUAGAAAAAUAUUUUAAGAGAGUUGAUCCAAAUUCAUCACAUCCUCCUGAAGUAAGCGUUGAUAGCAGUACAAACAGACAGUAUAGCAUCAAUGAAGAUUCUGCAUUUUGUCUGUAUUGUUAUCUUUUCAAACAAAACAAAGGAAAACAAGGUGGUGGUCAGACAUUUGUUAGUAAGGGUUUUUCAAAUUGGAAGAAGCCAGAAAUAUUAGCACUACAUGUUGGAAAACAUGACAGUUCUCAUUAUGAAUUUGAAAGUAUUCGAUUUCUUCUACGACAAGGUCUUGCAUUUCAUGGUCAUGAUGAGUCUGAAGAUUCUAAUAAUCAAGGUACCUUUCCUGAACUUUUAAAUUUUUUAGCUGAUCAUAAUGAGGAAGUUAGAGCUGUUGUUUUGAAAAAUGCUCCUGAAAACCUUAGAUUGAAUUCUCCAAAGAUUCAGAAAGAUAUUGUAAAUGCAUGUGCUGUAGAAAUAAUCAGCGUUAUUAUUAAAGACAUGGAAGAUGUUGUGGUUUCUAUUUUAGUUGAUGAAUCUCGUGAUGUAUCUAUAAAAGAGCAAAUGGUUGUAAUGUUUCGUUAUGUGGACAAGAAAGGGUAUGUGAUUGAACGAUUCAUAGGCAUUGAACAUGUUGAAAAUACAACAGCAAUCUCACUAAAAAUAGCAAUUGAUAAGCUAUUUUCAAAGCAUGGGUUGAACAUAUCUAGAUUGCGAGGCCAGGAAUAUGAUGGAGCUAGUAACAUGAGUGGAGAAUUUAAUAGUUUGAAGAGUAUUAUUAUGAAGGAGAAUGAAUGUGCUUUUUAUGUCCAUUGUUUUGCUCAUCAACUACAAUUAGCACUUAUGGGGGUGGCAAAAAAACAUGAUAUAACAGGUACAUUUCUCACUAUGGUAUCUAAUGUGGUGAAUAUUGUUGGAGCAUUAUCUAAGCAUCGUGACAUUCUUCGAGAAAAGCAAGCUGCUCAAGUCAUUGAAGCCUUAAAAUGUGGAAAACUUUCAAGUGGAAAAGGCUUAAAUCAAGAAAAUGGGAUUAAGCGUCCAUGUAAAACACGAUGGGGGAUCACAUUUUGGCACUUUGAUUUACAACUACAAGAGCUAAAUAAUCGUUUUAACGAGGCUAACACUGAGUUGUUACUUUGUUUGGCGUGUUUGUCUCCCAAUAAUUCUUUCUAUGCUUUUGACAAGAAAAAGCUACUCCGUCUUGCUCUACUCUAUCCACAUGAUUUUUCUGUAGUGGAUUUGAGGGUACUAGAAUUUCAACUUCAAACUUAUGUUGAUGAUUUGCAUUCCCAUGCUGAAUUUUCAGAAUUGAAAGGAAUUGCUGAUCUUUCAAUAAGAUUAGUGGAGACAAGAAAACAUGAGGUAUGUCCAUUGGUAUAUUUGCUUAUUAAAUCGGCAUUAACACUGCCAGUUGCAACAACUUCAGUUGAAAGGGCAUUUUUAGCUAUGAACAUUGUGAAAAAUCAAAUGCGCAACAAAAUGGAAGAUCAAUGGCUAAAUGAUGGCUUGACUGUGUAUCUCGAAAAGGAUGUAUUCAAUACUAUUACCAAUGAAUCUAUCAUUCAUCGCUUUCAAAAUAUGAAAACUCGUAGGGGAUAA